AAAAGGGACCGGCAAAGAUUUGGAAUGGUAGAAAUCUGCCUUCCACUGUAUAUAAUUAGAACAUUUGGAUCUUCCGCUCAGAUUUAUUAUCGGCGAAGGGAAGACUUCCUUUCUACGGAGGGGAGAGCUUUAAUCGGAGCUCUCGAGAGAACUUCAGGUUUUUUACCAUAAGGGACAGCAAUGCCGCCGUUUUUGUCAACCUCGAAGUUCGUUAAGUCCUUAAUUUCGCGUAGAGGUGCUAUCGGGCAUGUGAUCAAAUAUACAAGGUGCAACGACGAGCUGUGGAAAUAUCGAAACGUUCGACAUUUAAGGUGUAUUCCCGGAGCUGGGACCUCAUCGAUUCAUAGAUUGUUCGAUCAGGAUCAUAAGAUUCUUUCGGGGAGUUUCCGUGAUAGUGGUGCUGUACAAUUGAGGCGAUUUCUUGGUUGUGGAGACGGGGAAGAGGGCGGCGUUCUAUCCAAAGUUUAUGAGGAGAGGCGCGUAAUGGGGUAUUCUCCAGAGCAGUUAUUUGAUGUAGUUGCAGCGGUAGAUUUGUAUCAUGAUUUUGUUCCUUGGUGCCAGCGGUCAGAGAUCCUCAAAAACUAUCCCAAUGGAUCGUUUGAUGCUGAACUGGAGAUUGGCUUUAAAUUUCUUGUUGAGAGUUACACUUCACAUGUAGAGAUACACAGACCAAAGUCUAUAAAGACUACAGUAUCUCAAAGCUCUCUUUUUGACCACUUGAUAAAUAUCUGGGAGUUCAAUCCGGGACCAGUUCCAGGGACUUGCAACCUUUACUUUUUAGUAGAUUUUAAGUUCCAGUCACCACUUUAUCGACAGGUGGCGUCAUUGUUCUUUAAGGAGGUCGUCUCAAAACUGGUCGGUUCAUUUAACGACCGCUGCCGUUUGAUAUAUGGACCAGGGGUUGCAGUCCUCGAAAAUUCAUACAGCCAAAGAGCUUGAAAAUUCGUCAAUUUUUUAGUCAGAUGUAUCAUUAGAUUGAGGAGAUUUAAUGAUAGUCAAGUUAGAAUGUUGGAAUCCCCCAAAAGAGAGCAGAGAAAGGGAGUUAGGGGGGAAAGGGGAUCACAAAUUUGAUUGAUUAAUGGUAUACCUUAAAAGGACAUCUUAAUCAUUUGGCUUCCUUAAAAUAGCGUUUCUGCAUUUUUUUUUUCUUUCUUUCUUGUUCUUGGCUUUGUUCUCUCUCUCUUUUUUGGUCUAAAAUUUGGAGUAAAAUUGGACAGCUUCGCGAA